CAAGCCACAAACCGAUCAACAUGUUGCGUCUGAGCCGCUCGCUGCUGUCGGCCGAGCGUCGCGUGGUGCCUCUGCUGCGUCGCGCCUUCUCGUCUCUUCCCGAGAGUGUGUCCCCUCUGACGAUGCCGUCGCUGUCGCCCACUAUGGAGACGGGCUCGCUGUCCGCGUGGCUUAGAAAAGAGGGCGAGGAAGUGCACGCUGGCGAAGUUUUGUGCCAAGUGGAGACGGACAAGGCCGUCGUGGACUACGAGAUGCAGGACGACGCUGUGGUGGCUAAGAUCAUUUGCCCAGAGGGCUCGGCUGACCUUCCCAUUGGUGCGUUGCUCGCCUACACUGUGGAGGACAUGGACACGUACAAGCAGCUGCUAGACAGCGGCGCGCUUGCCAAUCUCUCGGCCGAAGCUCCUUCCGCCACUGAGCCUGUGGCUGAGUCUAAGCCUGAGCCUACUCCUGCUUCUACUACACCUGCUGCAGAGUCGAGCCACAGUGGCCGCGUGCCGCUCAUUAAGUUCUUGGGCAAGCGCUCGCUGCUUCCUGAGUUCAACCACUCGCCUCUUGAGGAGGCUGCGAAGUCCGCAAGCGCUGCUCCAGCCGCGCAGUCUGUGGCCACGUCCACUGUCGCUGCGGACGCUGAGUACGAGGACUUGCCGCUGUCUAACAUGCGCAAGAUCAUCGCAAAACGCCUGGCCGCCUCCAAGCAGGAGGUGCCGCACAGCUACACGAGCAUCGACUGCGAGAUCGACAGCAUUUUGAAGUUCCGCAAGCAUUUGAAGACCAAACACGACGUCAAGGUCGGUAUGAACGACUUUAUCCUCAAGGCUGUGGCGCUAGCGCUGCGUGACGUGCCCGAGGCCAUCUGCUUCUUCGAUGUUAAGACGCAGAGCGUGCAGCCCAAUGCGUCGGUGGACGUGUCGGUGGCUGUAGCUACUCCGACGGGUCUCAUCACCCCCAUUGUGCCAAAAGUUGACACUCUGGGACUCAGCCGCGUCAACAGCAUAUUUAUGGAGCUCGUGACUCGCGCGCGUCAAAACAAACUCAAGCCCGAGGAGUUCCAGGGCGGCUCCUUCACUGUGUCCAACCUCGGCAGCUUCGGUAUCGACCAGUUCCGCGCUGUGAUCAACCCGCCUCAGGCCUGCAUUCUCGCCGUGGGUGGCGGUCGUAAGGAGGUCCUGCCGCCUCUGGAGAUCGUGGAGGGCGUCAACCCGGAGCCGCGGAUCGCCACGCUCAUGAACGUGACGCUGUCUUCGGACCGUCGUGUGGUGGACGGCGUCAUUGCCGGUCAGUUCCUACAGGCGUUUAAGGCUUACAUGGAGAACCCGGAGCUUAUGGUCCUGUAAGUAGAGCGCUAGAUCCCACCAGCUCAUGAGUUGCAGACAGGAGCGUGCAGAGUAGUUUACCCCCGGCGUCCUGGGCGAUAACAAGGACGUACGACGUUGUCUCCUAGA